GUCUCCCAUCUCCAAUCAAACCCCUCCUCCUCCUCACACUCCACCCCUCCUCUUCUCUCCUGUUCUCUGACAGUCUCCCGGCUCUCCCACUCCACCUGAACAGAGGCAAACUGAGGACACUCUGCCGGUGAAACAGCAAGGGAGAAAAAAAAAAGAAAGAAAGAAAAGGAGGGAGGGGGCAAAACAGAAAAGAGGCUCCAGAGGAGGAGGAGGAGGAGGAAGAAGAAGAAGACAGGAGAGAAGAGAAGAGGCAGGCAGAACACUUGACUGGAUAACAUUUCCACCCGCCGUGGAGAGGAAGGAGAUAGCAAGCACACGCUUGCACACACACGGUCUCUCUCUCUCUCACAGACACACACACAGAGGCACACCGGUUCAGGACUAUUCACCGGCAGGCCAGCUCUGAGAGGUAAACAGCCAUGCGUUCCCGUAGCAACAGCAUGGAGGACCUGGCCCAGGCCAAGCCUUUGUCAGAGCAGCAGCAGCCGCAGGAGCACACUGGAUCCCGCCGGCGGGCCGCAGAGAGCGAGGAACCUUCCGGAAGGGGCCCGGGGCAGCCUUGGCACACGGAACCGCCAGAUGACGUGGACACCAUCCAGAAGAAAUACAAGAGUGGCAGCAGCAGCAGCAGCAGUGGCCACAGCAGUGGGCAACCCAGAGGCAGGGCGGCGUCAGUAGGGAAGGGCAGGGACCUCUCACGUGACGACCUCCUCUUCCUGCUCAGCAUGCUGGAGGGAGAGCUACAGGCUCGAGAUGAGGUGAUCACGGUACUAAAGGCUGACAAGAUCGACCUUGCCGUGCUGGAGGGCAAGUACGGAUUCGUGACCCCACAGAAGGUGCUCCAGGCCUUGCAGAGAGACGCCAUACAGAAAGGGGAUGGGUGGCAGGAUGACAUCUACGAGAAGCCCAUGGUUGAGCUGGACAAGCUGGUGGAGAAGCAGAGAGAGACGUACCGGCGCAUGCUGGAGCAGCUGCUCAUAGUGGAGCAGUCUCACAAGCAGACCAUCUACAAGAUGGAGGACGAGAAGAUGAACCACAGUGAGUUCAUGAAGAAGAGCGACGAGUUCACCAACCUGCUGGAACAGGACAGGGAGAGAUUAAAGUUGCUCAUAGACCAGGAGAAGGCCUACCAGGAGAAAAAGGACAAGGAUUACCAGAGAAAACUGUCUAGUCUGCAGGAGGAACUCACUAAGCUCAAGUCAUUUGCUCUGCUGGUCGUUGACGAACAGCAGCAUCUCACUGAACAGCUCACCCAGCAGACAUCCAAGGUCCAGGAGCUGACCAUCACCACCUCCCAGGCACAGCAGGCAUUUAGUUCAGCCCAGGCUCGGGCCCAAGAGGAAGAGAGCAAAGUCCUCCGGUUAGAGACAGAGCUCCGUGACCAAGCCACUCACUUCCAGCAGGAGCAGGAAACCAUGACUGCCAAGCUGAUGAGUGAAGAUGCCCAGAACAGACAGCUCCGCCAGAAGCUGUCCACCCUCAGCCGGCAGUUGGAUGAGCUGGAAGAAACCAACAAGACUCUCCGGAGAGCCGAGGACGAGCUCCAGGAGUUGAGGGAAAAGAUUGGUCGUGGGGAGUGUGGCAACUCCAGCCUGGUCUCUGAGGUGGAGGAGCUGAGGAAGAGGGUGCAUGAAAUGGAGGGGAAAGACGAAGAGCUAAUCAAGAUGGAGGACCAGUGCCGUGAUCUCAACAGAAAGUUGGAGAAGGAGUCCAGCCAGAGCCGAAGCCUGAAGGCAGAGGUGGACAAGCUCAAUCACAGAAUUACAGAGCUGGAAAAGUUGGAAGAUGCUUUUGGUAAGAGCAAACAGGAGUGCAGUGCACUCAAAUGCAGUCUGGAGAAAGAGAGGACUGUGACUAAGCACCUGUCCAAUGAGCUGGAUGUCCUCAAGGUCAGGAUCAAAGAACUUGAGAUGAUUGAGGGUCAGUUGGAGAAGACUGAGCUCACACUGAAAGAGGAUCUCACCAAGCUGAAGACCUUUACCGUUAUGCUGGUGGAUGAACGUAAGACGAUGGCCGAAAAGCUAAAACAAAUGGAGGACAAGCUACAGAACAGCACUGGCAAACUGCAAGCAGAGCAGGACAAGGUCACUUCUGUGACUGAGAAACUAAUUGAUGAGAGCAAGAAAACCCUGAAGGCCAAGGCUGAACUGGAGGAGAGGAUGUGCAGUGCCAACAAGGACAGAGACGAGCUCAGAGCCAAGCUCAAGGCAGAGGAGGAAAAGAGCAAUGACCAACAGUCCAAGCUCAACAUGAUGAAGAAGCGAUUGCAGUCUCUGGAGGCUGUGGAGAGGGAAUUCCUGAGGAGCCGAGCCAAAGAGGAACACAUCAAGGCCCCCAACCCAAACCGCUUCCAGCCGGAGGAUAACAAAGUCAAGGAUCUCACCCAGGAAGUGGAAAGGCUGAGAAGGAAACUCAAGGAGAUGAAGGUCGUCGAAGACGAUCUGCUGAAGACAGAGGAUGAAUUUGAGACACUGGAGAAGAGAUACUCCAACGAACAGGAGAGAGCCAAGGCCUUGUUGGAGGAGCUGGAGAUUUCCAGAAAUGAGCUCUCCAAGUACCAGCUGGCAGAGAAGGAGUCAUCCAACCAAGAACAUAUUCUUUACAAGCGCCUUAAAGAGGAAGAGGCUAAAUCUAGUCAUCUAACCAGGGAAGUGGAGGCCCUCAAGGAGAAGAUCCAUGACUACAUGGGAACUGAGGACUCCAUCUGUCGCGUGAAAUCUGAUCACACUGUUCUUCAGAGAAGGCUGACACAGCAAGAGGUGAGAAAUAAAGAGCUGGCCAGAGAGAUGGAGAACCUCACCCGUGAACUGGAUAGAUACCGUCGCAUCAGCAAAACUUUACGGCCAGGCAUGAACGGCAGACGAUUCUCAGACCUGCAUGUCUCCACAAAAGAGGUACAGACUGAUCCAACAGAUUUUCUUCCCCCUAAUUACAAGAGCUUAGCCCCACUGGAAUGUGCUGUGGUGAAUGGCAAACUAUAUGAGGAGAGUGACCCUGAGGAUGACCCCAAUUACAACGAGGUUUGUGUCACAAAAUGCAACCCCUCCCUUAUCAACAACGUCAACAACCUGAACAACAACAUUAGGCGAGCCAGAGUUCCUUUCAUGAAAACCAAAGAAAACCAGCACCCUAUUAAUGGCAAAGUGGCACCAAGACAGAAUGGGAAUCAUGUCCAGCAAGGGGAUGUGGUUCUAACACACAGCCCUGGUCAGCCUCUCCACAUCAAAGUCACGCCAGAUCACGGACACAACACAGCAACCCUAGAGAUCACCAGCCCAACUACUGAAAAUGCUCAGUCCUACACCAGCACUGCAGUCAUCCCCACAAGCGGAGCUCCGCCCAAACAAAGAAUCACAAUCAUCCAGAAUACAUCCAUCACCCCUCCCAUGAAAACCAAAGGCUCCACAUCCUCGGACAGCCCUUGCAGCCCAGACCAAGCCAUGUCUCCCUUCACCAUGGCUGCCUUUUCCCGAGCAAUGACCCCUGACUCCUCAGGGUCGGUCACCCCUGACAGAGCCAUGUCCCCUAUCCAGAUCGUCUCUGUCACCACAGGCAGCCCAGACCGGUCCCAGCCUGCAGAGCCAUUGGAGGUGACCGGAGGCCAUGCCAUUUUCCGCGUCAGCCCAGAAAGGCAGAACAGCUGGCAGGUCCAAAGGUCCAACAGCACAGGCUCAAACGUGAUCACCACUGAGGACAACAAGAUCCACAUCCACCUGGGGAGCCCUUACAUUCAGGCUGUUAACAGCACCUCAAGGCCCAUGAGCCCCUGCUGUUCACCUGGGCAGGAGCAAAGAACUCCUGUAUUAAACAAUGGCAAAAUCACCAGUAGCAUCACUAUAAAGCCCACCUCCUCCCCACUCCCGCGGCCACAAAUUACAAUACCUCUUGAAGCAUUCCGACGCCCUGGUCCCACAAGGAUUCCCAAACCGAAGCCCUAUGGUGGAUCGAAAGGGAUAAACAAUGCUGUCAAUGCCGGGAUAAGCAAGACACCUCAGACAUCACAGGCACCUCAGAAUACAGCCAAAAAUCUACCCAACAAUAUAAAUGUGGUGAACCGCUCAACAAAAACAUAGAUACCUUUUCACAUGUUUCCGUCUCAGAAAACUUGUUCAUCAUCAUCUCACCUUUUUGUGUAUCAUUGGGGCUAAAAAUAAUUAAAUGUGACAAUUAGUUUGACCUAUUUUUCUUCACUGUCUUUUGGUUACCAUUGCCAAAAAUGUUCGAGCAGACUGAUAAUAUACAAGAUCUCUGGCUAUUUUCAAACUGCAACCCCUGCACGCUUUAAUGGAAAGGUGAACAUUACUGACCAUUUAAAUUUUACAAGGUGCUUCAGUCCUUUUUUGUAACUGUGUACUCUGUUGCUGUCUUGAACACACUGUUUAUGUAACUGUCACAUCAUUAAAUCCCUGAGUAUGGCAUUAGUGAUAUGCAAAUCGUAGCAAUAAUGUAUAUAAGAUGUUGUUGGUAGACUAAUUAGUUUCCUAUCUUCCUGUUCUAUGUCAAUGUCCUUGACCUUUUUAAAAAUGUGACAAUCACUGUAAUUAAUGGGUAUGUUAAUAAAGAUUAUGUUUUUAUACUAUA